CGCCCUAAAAUUUUUAAUUCUCCCGCAAGAUAAUAGUUUCUGAAUUCGGCUCUUGGAAUCUCUCAAUCGUCGUCGGAUUCGAUAAAGCUCUUAAAAGUAUCGAUCUUUCACGGUGCAAUCAUGGAUUCUGUUUCGAAAGAUAUGAUCAACGAUUUGCCGGACGAACUUCUUUGCCAUGUUCUGUCGUUCCUCACUACGAAAGAAUCUGCUUCAACCUCGAUUCUCUCGAGAAGAUGGCGUAACCUACUUGCGUUUGUUCCAAACCUUGAGUUUGAUGACUCGGUCUUUCUGCAUCCUGGUAAAAGGGUUAAGAAUCCUCUACAUGAGGCUGGUUUGUUUGGUUUCGUUUACGUGGUUAACAACAAAAGGUUGAAGCUUUCUACAAGCUUUGUGGAUUUCGUGGAUAGGAUCUUGGAUUUACAAGGCAACUCUCGUCUAGACAAGUUCUCUCUAAAGGUGGUAGAUCAUCAUGACCCUGUUGAUCGAGAUAGUGUCAUUCGUUGGAUUCACAAGUUCUUGGUACGUGGUUUAUCGGAUUUUCGACUAGUCGUGGAUUUGAAGGAUUGGAGAUCUCGGCUUCCUGAAAAGAUCUUCUUGAGCGAGACACUGGUUAAGCUGACUAUUGAAAUUAGAGAUGGCCCUUGCAUUAAUGUGAAAGAUUUUCAUCUUCCAAAGCUUAAGACUCUCUCUCUCAAGUCAGUUAUGUUUGAUGAUAGGGAAAUUGGGUUCAGCAAACUUCUUUCUGGUUGCUACAUCCUUGAAGAACUUGUUCUCGAUCAUAUAUGGUCGUGUCUUUGGGAUUCUUGCUCUGUUUCUGUCUCCACUCUCAAGAGGCUGACGAGUUGUUGCGAGAACGUCAAGUUUUGGGAUCCCCACGGUGAAAAUCCAAAUAGUGCGUCUUUUGAUACUCCAAAUCUUGUCUACUUGGAAUAUGCUGAAGCCAUAGCCACCACGUAUCCGAAAGUGAAUUUUGAUUCGCUUGUUGAAGCCAAAAUCGAUAUUUGGAUGACAGAUGAUCAGAUAGAAGCAGUAGGUUUCGUAGACAAUGAGGAAAACUAUAUGGUUGGCAAUGCAGCAGCUUUUCUAGUUGGUAUCAGCAAUGUUCGAGUCCUCUACCUAUCUUCCGACUCUCUCGAGGUACUCACGUAUUGUUGCAAACCAAUACCAGUAUUCAACAACCUGACUCAUUUAACUAUCGAGAGUAACCCCAAAGUUGGUCUGAAACCAUUACCAAAGCUGCUCAAGAAUUCUCCAAAACUCGAAACUCUCGUCUUCCAAGACCUCCUUCACAUAGAGACAGAGGAGGAGGAGGACGUUGCUAUAUCAUCAAGUUCGGUGAAAGUGCUAAAGAUAUUCAUCAGUGAUGCUGAAAAAAUAGAAAAGAAAAUAGAGAAGGUCAAGCACUUUUUGGAGACAAUGCCAAAUGUUCAACAACUGGUUUUAUACUAUGGAGUGAAAGUGUCAUCGCAACUUCAGAUGCUUAGUAGGUUAGCUUCACCAAAGUGCAAGAUCCACCUUAUCCCUAGUAACCUCUGAUUCGUAUCAUCUACAGUUGCCACUUGGGUAUUGACGAAAUGAGGGAGGUCCUCUUCUUUAGGAGAACAUUUAUAGUUUCUGACUUUGUGGUUAUAUCAAAACCAUAUAUGGAUGUGUCUACAAGUUCUUCAUAUACACUUGCUGAAAGAUAUAUAUACUCUUACCAAGACUAGUACAGGUUCUUCCUUCUUUCGUUUUAGCAUCAAAGUUUCUAAAUACAUGUUUUAGU